UGGCACUAUUCAAAUUAGUGCCGCUAUAUUUCGAUGCUGUGUGCAGAACUUUUAUCGCUUUUUUGUUGAAUUUUUUUCAUUUUCUUCUUUACCGAAAUGGCAUCAAACGAAGACAUGAAAACAAAAGACAGAGAAGGUUCUGAUGAUGAAAUGUCUGGUGGUGAAACAAUACAUGGAGCUCAGGUCGAACGAAGAAGAUAUGCGGAAUUUGCUCCUUUUGAUGUGUCAAUACAGAAAGAGGAUAAUGAUUGUAAAUAUGUCAUGUACUUUUGGCAUGGUAAACUUCCUAUAAAAAUACAUGAAUUUAACGAACAUGGGUACUAUGUAGAAGCAAAUCCUGAAACAAAUAAAAUUAAGCUCGGAACUGUACAAACAGUGCCAAUCAAUGCUAUGUUCUGUGACAGAGUGAAAGAAUUAUCGUUUCGUUAUGAUAUAUUUAUUCGAUUUAUGGAAAAGUGUCGAGACAUGAAGGAAGUUUUCAGCAUGAUGAAAAAAAUUCAAAAAAAAGGGUACGCGGAACUGGAUUUGUUUGUAAAUGUAAAUGUUCGUUAUUGUUUGGAGUUUGAAUUGCCUCAACAUGGAUGGCCAAUAUUCAUAAAGCAUUAUGAAGAAUUCCCAAGAGAUUUAUGGCGCAUUCCGAUUCAUGAGAGAACCAAGUUAGGUCAAAUACCAAUCCAUGAAUCAUUUUUCACCGAGUUUGCUCCAAAGUAUUUGGAGAUGUAUGAAAAAAUCUACGACUGUUUGAAAGAAGAAGCUGGAAACCAGCAAAACAAUAAAGUGUGA